AUGUCUGGGAACAAGGCCGCGCUGAAGGCCGCCAAAGUCGCCCUGGAUGCUGAAAACUACGAUGAUGCCGUCACUCAAUGCCAAAUCGUCCUCGCAUCAGAUUCUCAGAAUUACUUUGCCAAGCUUUUCUUGGGACGUGCAUUUCAAAAACAGAACAAGUUAGAUGAUGCGGCGAAAACAUACAACUCGGCCGCAGAGAUCAAGCCUGAUGAUGCGCAAGCAUGGCUAGGUCUUUGCAAUCUGUAUGAAAGUCAGGGUGGUGUCAAGCUCGAUCAAUAUCGAGAAGCCGCUCUCAAGGUUGCUGAGAUCCAAGCCGCUGCAGACGAUGCUCACAAAUGUCAAACCACCAUCAACAAGUUAGUGGAAUUCACCAAGGAGAACGGAACAACCGCUCAAUACAAACGCGCUCUGGAAGCUCAAUUACCAGGAAGCCCAAUUUACGAGUUUCUUGAGGGCCGUUUACCGAGUCCUUCGCAUACCUACACUCGUCUGAUCGAGAUCACCGAAGAAGAGGAAAAACAGCGCGUCAACAAGGAGAUUGGCGAGCGAAGAACAAGACUAGGAGCUCGCAUCAACCAGGUUACCACCGACGAGCUCUAUCAAAAGCUGAUUGACUGGACCAACGACGAUGAAGUUCGCCGCGAGUACGAGCAGAAGCUCCUACAACGAGCGUAUGAUACAUUGGUUGUCCUGACUGGUGAGGCAAAGGCCGAAAAGCGUGAGCAGGUCAUGGGCAUCGUACACGGCAUGGUCAUUAUCAAGCACCCUUUCCUUCUAGCCUGGACCACAGAACUGGACUGGAAGGACGUCGCAAGCGUUUCAGAUCUGGAUGUCGGUGUUCUAAGAGAGUACCAAGAAUUCUUCCCAGAGACCAGUCUCGGCAAAGUGCUCAAGGCAUACCUCGACUGUGAGAUCUCACCAUUCCCCGCACCUCCAAAGGAUCCGGAACAAAAGGAGGAGGAUGUCGAGGCACCACUAAAUCAGGAGGAUAGAAUUCUCUUGAUGAGCGAGGGUCUUGAAGAUGGCAGCAACUCUGUUCUGGCACACCGUCUUGUUGCAGAAUACUACCUCCACCUGGAAGAAUAUGAGAGCGCAGCAGAAGUUGCUAGGAACGGUCUCAAGAUGCUCGAAUCAGAGGUUAGAAAGUCUGGUCUCGUACUGCAGGACAACAAGGACGCCUUCAACAGCACACUCGCCACUGCAUUGGUAUACCACCAGUCGCCCAAGAACCACCCAGAAGCUAGAGAUCUGUUCAACGACAUUCUCGCAAGAAAACCCAAGCACACUGCAACACUCAUUGGAUUAGGCCUGAUUUUGGAAGAGCAAGAAGAAUUUGAUGAGGCAGUCAAGUUUCUGUCACAAGCGCUGGAACAAGACCCUAGCAACAUUCGCAUUGAGAUCGAGUCAGCCUGGUGUGAUGCUCUGCGAGGAAACUACGGUCCUGCUUUGGAGACCAUGGAGAAGUGCUUGCCUGACUUGAAGCUGGACGACCCCAAAGCACGAGAGCUCAGGGCACAAACUUUGUACCGAACUGGUAUCUGUCUUUGGAAUCUCGACACAUCCAAAACUGGGAGAAGAGAUCGCAACGGGGCUUAUGCCAGGUUCCUGUCCGCAAUCAAGACCAACACCAACCUUGCACCUGCAUACACAUCUCUUGGUUACUACUAUGCCGAUUAUGCCAAAGACAAGAAGAGAGCACGCCAAUGUUUCCAGAAAGCCUUCGAGUUGUCUGGAUCAGAAGUUGAGGCUGCUGAGAGACUCGCAAGAUCCUUUGCCGACCAAGGCGAGUGGGACAUUGUCGAGAUUGUUGCUCAAAGAGUCGUCGAUUCAGGCAAAGUUCGACCUCCACCAGGUUCGAAAAAGAAGGGCAUCAGUUGGCCCUUCUCAGCCCUGGGUGUUGUGCAGAUGACCAAGCAAGAGUAUUCCAAGGCGAUAGUCUCGUUCUUGUCAGCACUCAGAAUCAGUCCCAACGAUUAUCAUUCCUAUGUCGGUUUGGGAGAGAGUUAUCACAAUUCUGGUCGCUACAACUCUGCCAGCCGAACAUUCAUCUAUGCCGAAGAGCCUCAUGAUGGUAUUUCCAUGAACGUCACUGGAGAAAACUGGUUCACACGAUACAUGCUUGCCAAUGUUAACAGAGAACUUGGUGAGCAUGACGAGGCGAUUGAUGGUCUCCAAGAAGUUCUCACUGGCAGGGCCGAAGAGUUUGGUGUUCUCAUUGCACUGUUGCAGACAUACAACGAGAAGGCCUGGAGGUGUGUAGAGACUGGUUUCUUCGGCCAAGCUGCUCACAGUGCUGUUCAAGCGAUCGAGCUAGCUCAAAAGAUUGCCGAGCUAAGACCUCAAGCUUUCAACCUGUGGAAGGCGGUCGGUGAUUCUUGUUCGAUCUUCUACUGGAUCCAGGAUAGACUCGACAUAUUCCCUAGCGAUACGAUCAAGCAGAUGCUGACAAAGGAUGUUGAUGUCAAAGAGUUUGGUAUUCUAUCAGAGAUAGAUGGAGUCGACUCAACAAUCCUCGAGAGCUCAACCGAAGGUGACAAAGCCGUCGCGUGUCCCGAAUAUCUUGCCCUCUCACUGCUUGCCUACAAGCGCGCUAUCUUCAGCUGCGCAAACGACGUGCAUGCUCAAGCUGUAGCUUGGUACAAUCUUGGUUGGGCAGAGCACAAGGCAUUCAGCUGCAGCGACGCGAAGGCUGGCAAGAAGUUCCCUCGUGCAGCUGUCAGAUGCUUCAAGCGUGCCAUCGAGCUCGAAGCAGGAAACUCGGAAUUCUGGAACUCACUUGGUGUCAUCACCACCAGACUGAAUCCUAAGGUUUCGCAACAUUCCUUUGUCAGAUCGCUGCAUCUGAACGAACGUAGCGCAAAGACAUGGUGCAACCUCGGUGUUUUGUAUCUCAUCAACAAUGACUAUGAGCUUGCUCAUCAAGCAUUUGGUCGCGCUCAAUCAACAGAUCCCGACUAUGCACAUGCUUGGCUGGGUGAAGGUUUGAUCGCGCUGAUGAUGGGUGAUAAGAAGGAGGCACUAUCACAUUUCACUCAUGCUUUUGAGAUCUCGGACUCUGCUUCUUUGAUCUCAAAGCGUCAAUAUGCCGUGUCGGUCUUCGACAACCUGCUCACAACUCCUUCAGCUUCGAACGAGAUUACUGCAUUGAUCCAACCACUAUUUGCCUUAGAGCAGCUGCACCGUCAAGUACCUUCGGACCAGGCAUUCAACCAUCUCGCUUCUUUGUUCUCAGAACGUGUGGGUGACCAUGCUCCUGCUAUUGAGAUGCUUACAAGUCUUUGCACAUCAGCCGAGUCAGAUUACGAGGCCACAGAAUCGCUCACCUCUCUUGGUCGUUUCGCUUUGGCAAAAGCAGACCUUGCCAGAAACCAGCUUGCCUCCAAGGACUUCGAGUCAGCAGCCGAGAACGCAGGCACAGCACUCGAUCUCUCUGCCGAAGUUGAUGCAAGCGGUUUGGAGCCGGACAGCAGACGCAAGGUCCGCUUGUCUGCUCACUUGACUGCAGGUCUGGCCGCCUUUUAUCUACAAAAUAUGGACGACGCAAUCGCGGCAUUCAGAUCGGCACUCGAGGAGAGUAAUUCUGACCCUGAUGUUGUGUGCCUGCUCGUUCAAGUCUUGUGGGCCAAGGGUGGUGACGAAGAGAAGUCCGUCGCUCGCGAUCAGUUGUUCGACUGUAUCGAGAAGAACGACUCUCACGUCCCGUCUAUUGUAUUGCUCGGCGCUAUCGCAGCUCUGGACAACGAUACAGAUGCUCUCGAUGCUGUUCGCGACGACCUCGCAUCCCUGCGCACCAACGACAGCAUCUCCAUCUACGACCGCGAGCAUGUCGAACAAGUCCUUGGUGCCAUCGCAGGUCUUGCCUCGGAUGCAUCAGAGAUAGAUGCGCUGGUCGAGACACAGCGAGCAAUCAUGCUUGCACCACACCAAAGCCAUGGAUGGACGCAGCUAACAGACUUGACUGAAGAGGCGUAUCCAGCUCAAAUGGCUCUGUUGACAUCGCAGAGAGCCGUGCCACCUUACGGAGAUCUUGGAGCACAUGAGCUGGCAAAGGCGUUUGCAGGUACGGGAGUGGUUCGUGAUGCACAGCGGGCGAUCGUAUUGGCACCAUGGGAGAAAAGUGGUUGGGAAACCUUUGCAGAUGCAGUGACGGCUGCUUGA